AUGGCCGCUCAGGACGCUUCCCUCGAUAUUCAGUCUCGCAUAUCGACUAUGAAGGCGCAAUCUGGUGCCACCAUCUUCGAUGCGUACCAGACGUCUCUCACCGGCCGGUACUGCUCGCCGGAGAUGUCGCAACUCUUCUCGCAGCGCAGCCGGCACUCAAUAUGGCGCAAGCUGUGGUUAUUCCUCGCGGAAUCAGAGAAAGAGCUUGGUAUCCAGAGUAUCACUGAUGAUGCGCUCUCCCAGAUGAGGGAGCAUCUGACUGUUACGGAUGAUGAUUUCGGUGUUGCCAAGGUUGAGGAGAAGAAGAGGAGACACGAUGUUAUGGCGCAUGUGCACGCUUUUGGUCAGGUUGCUCCGGCUGCUGCUGGUAUUAUCCAUUACGGCGCAACAAGCUGCUACGUAACCGACAACGCAGAACUAAUCCUCAUGCGCGACGGCCUGGAUCUCCUCCUCCCCAAACUCGCAAAGGUCAUUUCCAACCUCUCAGCCUUCGCCCUGCAAUGGAAGAGCGAGCCCACCCUCGCCUACACGCAUCUGCAACCCGCUCAACUCAUCACCGUAGGCAAGCGCGCAGCCCAAUGGGCGCAAGACCUCCUCUUCGACCUCGAAGCCAUCGAGCUCGUUCGCGAAACACUCCAAUUCCGAGGCGCCCAAGGCACAACCGGCACGCAAGCCUCGUUCCUCGAGAUCUUCAACGGCGACAGCAAAAAGUGCGACCAGCUCAACGAGCUUCUCUGCAAAAAAGCCGGUUUCCCGUCCUGCUACGCCAUCUCGACGCAAACCUACACCCGCAAAGUCGACCUCCUAAUCGCCAACGCCAUCUGCGGGCUCGGCGCAUCCGCCCAAAAGAUCACCGGCGACAUCCGGCACCUGGCCGCGUGGAAAGAGCUCGAAGAGCCGUUCGAAAAAGACCAAAUCGGCUCCUCGGCCAUGGCCUACAAGCGCAACCCCAUGCGCUCCGAGCGCAUCUACGCCCUAUCCCGCGAACUCAUGUCCAAGCCCGCGUCCUUCGCCAACACGCUCUCCGACCAAUGGAUGGAGCGCUCCCUCGACGACUCCGCAAUCCGGCGCAUGGAUAUCCCAGAGAUGUUCCUCCUCGCCGACGCCAUCCUGCUUUCCCUCGACAACGUAACAUCCGGCCUCGUCGUAUACCCCAAGCGCGUCGACGCGCGCGUGCAGGAAGAACUGCCCUUCAUGAUCACCGAAUCCAUCAUCAUGCGCCUCGUCGCCAAGGGUGAGUCGCGCCAAGAAGCCCACGAGCAGAUCCGCGUGCUGUCGCACCAGGCUGGUGCGCAGGUCAAGAAUGAGGGUAAGAGCAAUGAUUUGGUGGAUAGGAUCCGUAGCACGGAGUUCUUUAAGCCGAUUUGGGGCGAGUUGGAUGGUAUGCUGGAUAGUAAGUUGUAUACGGGUAGGAGCGAGGAGAUUGUGGAGAAGUUUUGUGGGAAGGGGGGUGUGCUUGAGGGGAAGUUGAAGAGGUAUCAGGGGUAUAUUGAGGGGGCUAAGGUUAGUGAGUUGAAUGUUUAG